AAUAUUAAGAAAAAAAAAUACAAAAUGGAUCGUUGGCAUAAUAAAGUGGCCGUUGUAACAGGAGCCAGUUCAGGUAUUGGCGAAGCCAUUGUUAAGGAUUUAGUUGAAAAUGGUUUGCAGGUUGUUGGCUUGGCAAGGAGAUUAGAACGUGUGGAGGAUAUACGCAAAAAAUUAUCACCUACAAAACAAGGAAAUUUAACCGCCCUACUAUGUGAUGUCUCCGAUUUGCAGUCAGUUAAUAAAGUAUUUGAUGAAAUCAUAACCCGAUUUGGUGGUAUUGAUAUUUUGGUAAAUAAUGCUGGAUGUAUGAAACAAGGUCAAUUAGUGGACAUGAACAUUCAAGAUAUUCAACAAGUUUUACAAACAAAUGUUAUGGGUGUUGUUUAUUGUACACAGCGGGCGUUUAAAUCGAUGAAGGAACGUAAUUUCCCCGGUCAUGUUGUGCUUAUUAACAGUAUUGCCGGUCAUGGAUUUAAAGCAUUGCCCCAUACACCGGAAAGCAAUAUUUACGGCCCAUCGAAAUUUGCCAUCACAGCUAUAACUGAAAUCUAUCGGCAGGAAUUUAAGGGUUUGGAAACGAAAAUAAAAGUUACUAGUAUUAGUCCUGGUGCAGUGGAUACGGAAAUAUUACCCCAGAAUGUAAAACACUUGAUUGGUGAAACAAUGUUAAAGGCCGAAGAUAUUUCAUCUGGUGUUCUUUAUGCCAUUUCUGCACCGCCUCAUGUGCAAAUCCAUGAAAUGAUUAUAAAACCUCUGGGAGAGAUGUUUUAAUUGUUGAAU